AUGAAGAGAGAGAACCAGAGCAGCAUGUCCAACUUCCAACUCCUGGGGCUCCCCAUUGUGCCAGAGCAGCAGGGCUUGUACUUUGCCCUGUUCCUGGGCAUGUACCUGACCACGGUGCUGGGUAACCUACUCAUCAUCCUGCUCAUCAGGCUGGACCCUCACCUCCACACCCCCAUGUACUUCUUCCUCAGCCACUUGGCCCUCACGGAUGUCUCCUUUUCCUCAGUCACUGUCCCUAAGAUGCUGAUGGACAUGCAGACUCAGGAUCAAUCCAUUCCCUAUGCAGGGUGUUUAACACAAACAUACUUUUUCAUAUUUUUUGGCUGCACAGAUAACUUUCUUCUUGUAGUGAUGGCCUAUGACAGGUAUGUGGCCAUUUGUCACCCUCUACACUACACAAUAAUUAUGAGGGAGGAGCUGUGUCUGUGUCUGUUGGCUGGAUCCUGGCUCCUCUCCUGUGCCUAUGCCCUGACCCACACUCUUCUCCUGGCUCAACUGUCCUUCUGUGCUGACAACAUCAUCCCCCAUUUCUUCUGUGACCUUGAUGCCCUGCUUAAGCUGUCCUGCUCAGACACCUCUCUCAGUGAGCUGGUCAUAUUCACUGCAGGGUCUGCUGUUGUUAUUUUUCCAUUGAGUGGCAUCCUGGUCUCUUGUGGUCGUAUUGGGUUCUCCCUCCUGAGGGUCCCCUCUACUAAAAGGCUCUGCAAAGCCUGGUCCACCUGUGGCUCCCACCUCUCUGUAGUGUCUAUGUUCUAUGGAACAAUGAUUGCCCUGUACCUUUCCUCCUCAUCAGGCCAGUCCCAUGAUAAGGACAUCAUAGCUUCUGUGAUGUACACAGUGGUCACCCCCAUGCUGAACCCUUUCAUCUACAGCCUGAGGAACAGAGACAUGACAUUGGCUCUUGGGAUUCUUUUCAGAAAUAUCCACAUUUUUGUCAAGUGAAAAUCACCUAAUCACAUUCUUACUUCAUUCACUACCCUUUCCUUAAAAACUGUGUUUUGAGCACCCAUGUGUCUAGCAUUUUUCCUCACUGUCCUUAAAAUUUUCAUUGUUAUUUGAUCAAUCUCUCUCACUUAGGUCACAUUGAUUGUCCCUUUAUUCCUCCAUAACCCUAAAUAUGUCAUUACC